AGAAAAUUUUGGCAAUAGCCCGCCUGAUGUCCAAGCCCACUCUUCUCUCCCCUGCCGACGCCCUCAAGGUCCUCGCCGAAUAUCCUCGCUCCGAUGGCUUGUCCGUCUCCGAUCUCAUGGACUCGCGAGUCCACGGUGGGCUAACGUACAACGACUUUCUUCUCCUCCCGGGAAAAAUCGACUUCCCUGCCUCCGAUGUCGUGGGCGAGAGCCGCAUCACGCGGAACGUCGUGCUCAAAACUCCUUUCAUGAGCAGUCCCAUGGACACAGUCACCGAGACCAACAUGGCGAUCGCUAUGGCACUCCUCGGUGGUAUCGGUGUCAUUCACCACAAUCAGUCCCCUGAAAAUCAAGCGGCCAUGGUCCGUGCUGUGAAGCGCCACGAAAACGGCUUUAUCGCCGACCCGGUUGUCCUGUCACCUCAGCACACCGUCGACGACGUUCUGGACAUCAAAGCACGCCUCGGUUUCUGCGGGAUUCCCAUCACAGAAUCUGGAUCUCUGGGAGGAAAGCUGGUCGGCAUUGUUACUGCACGCGACGUACAAUUCCGGGACCACUCUACGCCUCUCUCGGAGGUCAUGACUCGCGACCUUGUCACCGCUCCCAAGGGCAUCACGCUGCUUGAAGCCAACGACAUUCUCCGCGAUUCUAAAAAGGGCAAGCUUCCUAUCGUCGAUACCGACGGCCAACUCGUCGCCCUACUGGCUCGCUCCGAUUUGCUUAAAAACCAGUCGUAUCCACUUGCAUCAAAGAACCCGACGACGAAGCAACUGUAUGCCGCGGCUGCCAUCGGAACUCGCCCGUCUGACCGCGACCGACUGGCCUUGCUCGUCGCCGCUGGUCUGGACAUCGUUGUCCUCGAUUCAUCUCAGGGCAACUCCGUCUAUCAGAUUGAGAUGAUUCGCUGGGUCAAGGAACAGUUCCCGGCACUCGAGGUCAUCGCGGGGAACGUUGUCACGCGCGAGCAGGCUGCUUCGCUCAUCGCCGCUGGCGCUGACGGCCUGCGUGUGGGUAUGGGCUCCGGCUCGAUCUGCAUCACGCAGGAGGUCAUGGCUGUCGGACGUCCGCAGGCCACGGCCGUGUACGCCGUCGCCGAGUUUGCCGGCCGAUUUGGUAUUCCUGUUAUCGCCGACGGUGGUAUCGGUAACGUCGGGCACAUCGUCAAGGCUAUCUCUCUCGGCGCCGGUGCGGUGAUGAUGGGCGGCUUGCUAGCCGGAACGGAGGAAGCGCCCGGCGACUACUUCUACCACGAGGGCAAGCGUGUCAAGGCGUACCGUGGGAUGGGUUCUCUGGAAGCCAUGGAGCAGGGCAAGACUCCGGCCAAGGGCAAGGGGCAGAGCAAGACGCUGGAGAACGCGGCCACAUCCCGGUAUUUCUCGGAAAGCAGUGCGAUCAAGGUUGCGCAAGGUGUCAGCGGCGACGUCCAGGACAAGGGCAGCGUCCGGGCCUUCUUGCCUUACCUGUACAUCGGCUUGCAGCACUCGCUGCAGGAUAUCGGUGUGCGCAGCAUCAGCGAGUUACGUGAGGGCGUCGACUCUGGCCGGGUUCGCUUUGAGCUGCGCACGGCCAGUGCUCAGGUUGAGGGUGGUGUUCAUGGACUGAAUUCGUACACAAAGCGUCUUUUUAAGGCGGCUUAGUUGUUGUAGCGUCAUAUAUUUGUGUAGCCCUAGUUCUUAUUGUUUGUUACUGGACAAGGCUGUCCCACUCUGCUGGUCGGGCUGCCCGUGUUGAAUAUAUCGUAUUCGCUGGUCACCCCAAUGAUCUACUGCCUUAGGAGAAGUCACGUAUAAAUAUCCUCCAAUUCAAGCAAUAGCCGGUUGAAUUGUCAAGUCGUUAGCUGUGUGAAACUCGUCUCUCCUUUUUAGAUAUCGAAAUUUCACUGACUUUCACCCCACUUUCACCACUAUCGAGAAUCUCAACUGAACCGAUCAACUCAGCACAGCCGCAGACCACCUCUCCUUCGCACAUCAUGGACGUCGAGUCGGAUAGCCCGCUCCUCUCAAGAGAAAAAACUGCCCCAUUUCUCAUCCGAACCUUUAUAAAAAUUGGAGGUUUCCAUCGACUCACUUUGUUCGAGGAUGGCACACUUCCAACGACUGACGAGCAGCAGCUGUAUACGUGGAAAGACGCGAACCUGCGGGAGAUCCUCACCACCCUGCGCAACACGGCACCGCACGUCGCUGAAUACCGCCACCCUCUCGCGCGAUUCUCAUUCCGGACGGUGUACAUCGAGCAGGGAAGCCGGGGGCGCUUCGCCUCCAAAGAGCUGGGCAUCGUGUACUCGCGCGACAUCCUCGGCGAACCAGGCACGAUCGACUCGACCGCACCGCGCCUUUUGGACGACUCGUUCGAGACGCAGCCCGCGCCUCAAUCCGGCGACCGGGACCGCGAACGGGAAGAUCGGUCGCUCGAAGAUAUGCGCUUCGUGCCCGGAGACUUCCUACUCGUCGCUGUCCUGCUUCCAAAAAGCGUGACACUGCCAACAGAGCUGAAUAUUAAGGGCGCGGCGCCGACGAACAUGGCUUGGAAGACCGGCAAAGGGGAUGGAGGAUGGGGCGGCGGGCUGGGUACAGCUGCUGAGCGAGGGGGGCCGGGCACCGGCCGUGGAGGUGGACAUUGGCGCGGGGACUCUAAUCCCCCUGCCCGUGGUGAAGGACGGGGAGGUGGCCGGGCUGGUGCUGAUCGAGAACGCGACCAGGACUCAGACAGGCGUGUUCCUCCGCCGCGACGAGGGAGAGAUUCGCCGCCCUACAGAGGGAAUGGUUGGGGUGACAGAGUCCGGGGCGGGAGGUCAACGAGGGGUGGCAGAGACUCACGCUCUCGUUCCCCGGCAAGGCGCAGACGUGAUUAG